CAAAGCGACACCAACUCUCGUAGGAGGGAAAGGGAGAGGAGAUGGCUCCGGCGGCUAAGUUGGCGUCAGUGUUGUGCAUGGACGUGGGAUUUUCUAUGUCCAAUUCUUCCCCGGGCCAAGAACCUCCAUUUGAACAAGCCAAAAAAGUCAUCCAGAAGUUCGUCCAGCGCCAGGUUUUUGCUGAGACUAAAGAUGAAUUGGCUUUGGUUCUCUUUGGUACCGAUACUACCAGGAACCAAUUAAGCGCGGAUGGCCAGUACCAGAAUAUCACUGUUCAUCGUCCCCUUACCAUUCCUGAUUUUGAGCUUCUUGAAGACAUCCAGAAUCAGAUCCAUCCGCAGAGUCAACAAGCUGAAUGGUUGGAUGCCCUUGUUGUUUGCUUGGAUAUUCUUCAGAACGAAGCAAAAGGGAAGAAGUUUGAUCGUUUCAACAUUGCCAUCCUCACUGACCUCAACACCCAGGUCAGCCCUGACCAGUUGGAUGUUAUCAUUACAAAUAUAAUGAGAGCUGGAAUAGACCUACAGUUCUUCUUGCCUUUCCCAGUGGGAGAGGAAGACGAGGAGGAGGAGGGUGGAGAAGGUAGGGACGGAGGGAACUCAAGUCAGCCAGGCAGAGGGAAGGGUCUGUCUGGGCAUCAGAAGAAAGGCCUGGAGAUGGUCAAGCAGAUCAUGUGUGCUUUGGAUGAUGAGGAUGGGUUAAAUGAAGUUUACUCCUUCAGUGAUGCCAUCGAGAAACUUGCCAUGUUCAAGCGCAUUCAGAAGAGGCCUAUGGCUUGGCCCUGUCAACUGACCAUCGGCAGCUCUCUAUCCAUCCGCAUUGUUGGAUAUAAAGCAGUGACCAGUGAGAAGCUCAAGAAGAUAUGGAUGACUGUUAGCGCUCAAUCCAACCGGAGAGAUGAUGUGAGGAGAGAGACUGUCUACUACCUGGAUGAUGACAAUGAGACAGAGGUGCAAAAAGAUGACACCAUUCAGGGUUUCAGUUUUGGGAGUGACAUUGUUCCCUUCUCCAAAGUAGACCAGGAGCAGAUGAAAUACAAGCAUGAUGGGAAAUGCUUUGCUGUUCUGGGCUUUACCAAACAGAACAUGAUACAACGCCAUCAUUUUAUGGGAAAUCAGGUGAUGAAGGUGUUUGCCCCCAAAGAUGAUGAGCAUGCAAGUGUGGCACUGUCUGCCCUUAUCCAUGCACUGGAUGAGCUCAAGAUGGUGGCCAUCGUACGUUACGCCUACGACCGACGCUGCCACCCUCAAGUAGGAGCUGCAUUCCCUUGCAUCAAACAGAAUUAUGAGUGCCUGAUCUAUGUUCAGCUGCCCUUCAUGGAAGACCUCAGACUGUUUACAUUUCCUUCUCUGGAAAACAACAAGAAGUUCACCCCAUCAGAGGCCCAGCUGACUGCUGUAGAUGCACUUAUUGACUCCAUGAUGCUGGUCCAGGAAGAUGAGAAUGGCGAGCAGGUGGAUAUGUUUAAGGUUCACCACAUUCCCAAUCCUGGCUUCCAGAGGCACUUCCAGUGUUUGCACCAUCGAGCGAUAAACCCUGGUGCCCCUCUCCCAUCUAUGGAGCCAUGGUUGAAGGAGGUUCUCGAGCGACCGAGGGCAAUCAGUGAGCAUUCCAAGAAGCCACUAGAAGAGAUUAAGAAGCUUUUCCCUCUGAAAGAAGUGGAGAAGAAAAAGCAGCUGAAGACGAGUGCUCAGAUUUUUGGAAAAGACUCUGAAGAGCCGGACGCUAAGAAGGCAAAGGUGGACGAAGAAGAGGAGGAAUACAACUUAGCUGACAUCGCAGAAGGCACAAUCACUUCGGUUGGUAGUGUGCAUCCAGCUCGAGAUUUCCGUUGCUUGAUCAAGCAGAAGAAUCUCCUGUUCAGAGAGGCCUGUCAACAACUGACGCACAGGAUAGAGCAGUUGCUUGGCAACAAGAACACACACUACUAUAUGAAAUGCAUCACCUGUAUCCAGACGUUUAGAGAGCAGUCUGUUAAGCUGAAGAAUGCUGAUCUGUACAACAGCUACCUCCAGUCCCUGAAAAGGAGCGUUCAAGACAGAGGGUUGCAGGUCUUCUGGGAUCUGCUCGUUCAAGAUGCCAUGACUCUGAUCAGCAGUGAAGAGGUUGAAGGAAGUGACGUAUCCAGAGACGAGGCCAAACAGUUCUUGGCGACAGAGGAGAAGAAAGAGGAAGCCGCAGCCCAAGUAGUAGAAGAUACUGGAGAUGUGGAUGACUUGCUGGACAUGAUGUAAGAACCAAAGCAAUGGGAGGUGUCUCCCGCGGACACACGGCGAUGAGAGGAAUGCAGCCAUUUAACAUAAACAUUCAUUGUUUUCCCUUACAUUUGGAAGUCAUGGACAUGCCCGGUCCAUAACGUAACUGUGACUGACUGAGCAGGCGUGCAGACAUUAAUAACAAGUCACUCCAAACACACUGUACUGAAGGCGGUUUGACCUGACUGUUUUCAAUUGGCAAGACACUUGACACUUCUCUUUAUUGGUGAUCAGAAUUGCGAGCUGCUGCAGCUGUUGACACGUUUUCUUUUACGUGUCUUUUAAACAGUUCUUAUUUCUAAGGCAUAUCUCUUUCAUAAAUAAGUUAGCGUUUCCGUUACUAUGUUCUGUUGUUCUGUGCUACAGUAAAUUGCUUAAACUCUCUCAAAACUCAGAAAGCAGCACUGCUAUGUCUAAUACACUGCCGGGUCAUUAUCUAAGGUGUGGCAUAUCAGUAAAGCUAUAUGGCGGCUGGAAAAGUGCUCAAAUUGUACUAUGUUAUUACUGUACGACAUCGCGUGAGUACAUUUGCUGAAUCCAGUGAAGCACAAAAAAAAUCCAUAUGAGCUGACAUUGUUUACAGUCCUUACAGUGCUCUGUUAGGAACCGUAGUAAACCAACAUCUCUGUGAUUAAAAUGCUAGAUACAAAAGGCAGUAGCACCAGUAUAUUAUUCAGUCCACAUAUGAUGU